CGCGCAGCUCCCGUGGCGACCCGGGCUCCGGUUGCCGGGGUAACCCGGGACGCGCGCGGAGCCCGCGGCGGAAGGCGGGUGUUCGGCGCCCGUUGCUGCGAGCGCCUCCUCCCCCGCCUCACGAAGCGACCCGGCGACGUUCGGCUCGCGGCUCGGGGCCGGGGGAGUGGCUCCCCAGGCGGGAGAGCGGCGCUCUCGUGACGCCCGGGCUCGGCCAGUGAGGGGACGAGGGGUGUGGCACAGGGAAGGGCCAGGCCGGCUACUUAGGGGCCUCGCCAGGCGCCAGGCCCGGCCUCCCUCGCCCUCUGGCGCGCGGUUUGCAGCCCUCCGCCUCAGCCGAGGCCUUGAGGGGUUAGGAAGGUGGCUCCCUGGCUGCAUCAUGGUGACCCCCUGCCCCACCAGCCCCGCGAGCCCUACCGCCCGGGCGGGGAGGCGCGACAACGACCAGCACCUCCGCGCCCCGGUGAAGAAGAGCAGGCGCCCGCGCCUUCGAAGGAAACAGCCGCUGCAGUCCCUCAGGCCGUGUCAGGUGCCCGGAGACUCUGGCAUUUGCGACCUGUUCGAGUCCCCCAGUUCCGGCUCGGAUGGCGCGGAUAGUCCCGCCGCGUCGGUAGCGCGAGGCUGCAGCCCCCAACCCGGCCCGGCCCAGCCGUUGGCGCCGCUCGACCUGCAGACCUUCCGCGACUACGGCCAGAGCUGCUACGCCUUCCGCCGGGCGCAGGAGAGUCGCUUCCACCCGCUGGAGUCGCUGGCACGGCAGCCACAAGUGACACCCGAAUCCCGCUGCAAGCUGCUCAGCUGGCUGAUCCCCGUGCACCGCCAAUUCAGCCUGUCUUUUGAAUCACUGUGCCUCACGGUGAAUAUUCUGGAUCGCUUCCUCACCACCACGCCCGUGGCUGCAGACUGCUUUCAGCUGCUCGGGGUCACCUCCCUGCUCAUCGCCUGCAAACAGGUGGAGGUGCACCCGCCGCGCGUGAGGCAGCUCCUGGCCCUGUGCUGCGGGGCCUUCUCGCAGCAGCAGCUGUGCAACCUGGAGUGCAUCGUACUGCACAAGCUGCACUUCAGCCUGGGCGCACCUACUAUCAGCUUCUUCCUGGAGCACUUCACGCACGCCCGGGUGGAGGCCGGACAGGCUGAAGUCGCGCAAGCUCUGGAAGCGCAAGCUCUGGCACGGGGCGUGGCCGAGCUGAGCCUGGCCGACUACGCCUUCACCAGCUACGCCCCCUCCCUCAUGGCCAUCUGCUGCCUGGCACUGGCCGACAGCAUGUUGCAACUCCGGCACCCCCUGGACCUGCACCUGGGUGGCCACCCUGAGGCUGCGCUGCACGACUGCCUGGGCAAGCUGCAACUGUUGGUGGCCAUAAACAGGACCUCUCUGACUCACAUGCUGCCGCUGGAGAUCUGUGAGAAGUGCAGCCUGUCCCCCUGCUCCAAAUAAAAUCCAGCCUUGGUUUCUCA